AUGACGACUGAUGCUGGAAAGGCUAGUGGGACGAUCAAUGGCUCGGUGCAUGUCAUAAAAGCCGAUCUCUUGAUCCCUGGUCGUGGUGAUCCUCUUUCCAAUGCGGCUGUUGUCUACGACACCAAGACAAUUCUCUACGUCGGACAGCAGUCGAACAUCCCAGAUUGCUAUAACUCUCUCGAUGAGACUCAUUUGCCCGUUUUGAUGCCAGGACUCUGGGACUGCCACGUCCACUUUCUUGGUAUGGCCGAUGGGGUCAGUAGUCUUUGGAAGUUGAAUCCAAUCGUGUCCGGGGCGCGCAGCGUGAGGGAUUUGGAAUUGCUUUUGAAUGCGGGAUACACAUCGGUCAGAGAAUGCGGCGGAAACGGCAUUUUCCUCGACCAGGUGGUCGAAGAUGGCUACUGCAUAGGUCCAAAGAUCUAUUCGUGCGGUUCCGUGAUCAGCUGCACUGGGGGCCAUGCAGAUGCUCACGACAUCCCGCUCUCCACCUGGCAGGCCUCCUGCAAUCGAGGCCUGCAGGUCCAUCUAUGCGAUGGUGUCGACGAAUGUACAAAGGCAGUUCGGCUCCAGACCCGGAAAGGAGCCAAAUUCAUCAAGAUCUGUGCGAGUGGCGGAGUCCUCAGCCAGAAUGACGACCCAAAGCACCAGCAGUACUCCGCCCAGGAAAUCCAAGCCUUUGUCGAUGAAGCUGCCCUCAGCGACCGGAUUGUCGCUGCCCAUUGUCAUGGAAAGCCUGGAAUCAUGGCCGCCCUGAGGGCUGGGGCCAGGACAAUCGAACACGGGACAUAUUUGGAUCUCGAAUGUGUUACACUGAUGAAGGAGAAAGACGCCAUCCUGGUCCCCACUCGCACACUCCACGAGGUCCUCCGAAGCGGCCUGUCCGCGACAUCCGCAACAAAGAUGAUCGAUGCCAGCAAGCAUCUGAAACAUGCAUGCCAAUUGGCGAUCCAGCACGGGGUCAAGAUGGCCCUAGGCUCAGACCUGGGACUGAGCCUCCGGGGCCACCCCGCCUCACACGGCCAGAACGCGUUGGAACUCAGCCUGGCUGUCGAAGCAGGCAUGUCUCCCCUGGCCGCAAUCGAAGCUGCCACCGCCAACGGACCGCUGACCCUCGGUGCCCAGGCGCCACGGUCUGGACAAAUUGCCGUCGGAUUUGACGCUGAUUUCAUCGCCGUUUCUCGCAGCCCACUAGAGGAUAUCAACGUUCUGGUGAAUCCAGUCAACAUCACGCACGUCUGGCGACGGGGGACGCUGUACAAGGGACCCAAUGGCACCAGAAUCUCGAAUGAUCUCUAG